UUCGGAGCUUUAGGCAUUACACUCAAACACUUCGUCAAGAUGUUCUCGUGGAUUCUGGUUCUAGCUUUGGCCCUAUUGAUCCCAACGGGUACAAAUGCCUUCGGAUGGAGUUGGUUCUUUCCAAGACAAACUACAACCACAACUGCAUCAUCCGGAACAACAUCCGCGACAUCGUCCAAUGCGGUUCCCUCCAUGUACAACAUAUCCAUCGGGAACCGAGAAAACACUAACGCCUCCAUAGACUACGGAACGAUGAUCACCAACUUGCAGAUCAACCUGGCGCGGUUUAACGGUAGCGCCAUGCUAGGAGACGCCACCGAAAACCGCUUGAACGAAGUGAUCUACACCGUAUUGGAAGGCUACCGGAACCGUUCGGAAGCUAUGGUGGACAGUCGUCUGGCGUGGAUCGAUGAAGUCCUGUUGGACAUCGUCCAAUACGCCAGGCAGCUGCGCCAGGACGAGAACAAUCGCUGGUUGAAGCAGUUUCCGGAGCAUGUUCGUACGAGUGUGGCACAACUCAACGAAACCAUCCGUAGCUGCCUUGAGCGAGAGGUUGUGGUGGAGGAACUGAUACACGCGGUUGAGAACCGCAGUAGAAGCGGGUGCCUAGAAGGGAGACUUCAGAAAUUGUUCGAACUUAGGGAAGUUGCCAAGAACAAUUUGACGGAGUUCCUAGCCAGCGCCGGAGACUUGGAAGAUCGACUGGAAACCUGUGUGAAUCCGGAUUUCGAUGAUGCGCUGGAUAACGUGUAUCAGGAAGCCUGCAUUUCACCGAUCCUCCUGGAAGUGGAAAUGGAAUCACUCAAGUUGGGAUAUACUGUCAGCAAUUUGACUGGUGCCAUGGAACCUGCCCUGGGCCUAGCGAAGGCCGUAUUACUGGAGUGCGCAGCCGAUCUUGCGUGGUACGCGUUUGAUGUUUCGAUGAGCCUUCGACAGUGGAUUAAUUCGUGUUCCGGUUGGGAGUAGAAGAUGCAAUUUAACUGCCUUAUGUGGAACUGUCGAAAUAAUAUUCUUGCAAUAAAGUCAUUGUGUUCAGCAUA